AUGCCUGCGCCCGCGCCAGCAUCCGCAAACUGCCAAUUCAAUCACACGACUCCUGCAACGUCGGCCCGCGCACCUGCAACACAUCGAGAUCUACAACUACGAGAUGACGGCCCCCUUCGUCCCCGGCCUUAUAUCCCUCCCGCUACCCGUUUCCUGCGUUGCAAACCCACGCACGGCGCCCAGCCCGGCCGCGUACCUAGCGCAGCCGCUCGCGUAGCCUCCCGCAACACCCACACCCGGGCUAUGCGCAUCUCCGCCGCCGGCGCGCGCCUGGGCUUCCCGCGCGUCGCCGCAACGCCUCCCACCAUCGGACGAGAUGUGCAUCCCUGCACGGCGAAUCCGCCAACGGCAGGACGCGUGCGCACGCGCGUCCUGUGUUCCGUGCGCGCGACGCGGGCAGUCGUCCGCUUGGCAACGUACUCGCAGGGCAGCACGCGGGCCGGCGUCGCCCCCGGGAGAUCCUCCAUGCGCAGGGCGAGACCCCUGCGUCCGCCGACGGGAUGUCGUGCGCGCGCGCGCCGGGUUGCUUUCCGCGGCGUUUGGACGGUGCCAAGACGGCAGGCGCGUUGGUCGCGGUCGGCACGGGGACAUCUGAUGGCGUCGUCCGACAGCGCGUCGCCCCGGUCAUGGCAGGGCGGCAUGAUGACGGACAUGCAGGAUGUCGGGAGCGAGCGAGCGGGUGAGACGGCGCACAGACAGGCGUGCCCGCGUGUCCAUUCGAGCCGUAUCGCGUGCGCCCCCACUGGGUUCCAUCCUAUUCUAUCCAUCGUCCCUGGGCCCCGCUUGUCAUGGUCGCACCCGUGCUAUCUGUCCCUUCCGCUGCCGCGCCCGCCGCGUACGCCUCCUGUAGCCAUCUACCAGCUCAUGGUGGGCGGCGUUGUCCCGCGUCCGAUCGCGUUCAUCUCCGGCAUCUCUGCCGACGGCGUCGAGAACCUGUCCCUCUUUAGGUACCCUCUGCGCACUCUUCCUGCGCCCACGGCAGACGCGUCCGCCCUCAAAGACAUCGCCGCGAACAUCCUCGCCUCGCGCGGCUUCAAUGUCAAGCUCGUCUCCGAGCCCUUUCCACAGCACGCCAACGCCUGCGCCCGUCAGUCCCCCGCGCACGCGCCGAGCAGCACGGGGAGCUCGCAGCGCGCGAUCAGCCCCGCAACACUUGCGUCAUCAAACUGCGCCGGUCCCGCGUCUUACAUCAUAGCGGCGGGGCGAUCUAGAUACAUUCAUAUUGUGCACUGUAAAUUACUCAGCUGCCCGGUGACUAUCUACUCGGACAUAUGGCUUCCAACAUUCGCCUGCAAACCGCCUCGCCUCGCCGCGCUUGCCCCACGACUGCCGCGCAUCCAGACGACUGCCCCCGACCGCGCCUACGUGCAGCCAGCGCUGUGCGCGCAUCAUGGACUAUCCGCGCAUAGGCUGCGCCGUCAGAGUGCGCCGGGCGCACAACUCAACGGCGAGGGACCUAGCUCGUGCGUGCUGUCCCUGUUCUGCGGCAUCUCACACCCGCCCACGACGACGACUGCAUCCUCCCGCUCUCAUUGCGGCAACGACGACAUGGGUCGUCCGCAUCGUCACGGCCAGACGACUUGGGUAAGCCAGCGGGCCAUGACGUGCAGACGGCGGGCACACGGGUAA